UUGGUAGCUUGAUACAAUAUGUCUAAUAUCUUUUUGUUUAAAUUUAUUGUAUUUAUUCCAAAAUCAGGGACUUCAUUUACAUUAUAUUUAUAUAUUUAUGUCUAUUUUAUUUAUUUAUAGAUGUCGUCAGAACAAAAAACACCAAAAAAACGUCUUGAUAAUUCUAUUGUUGGGUAUGUUACGAAUGUAUCACCAAUUAAAACUGCUAAAAACAAUCCAAAGAGGAAAUACUUUGAUUUCCUUCUAAACACAGAGGACAAAAUGGAACGAACAGUUUGUUUUUCCCCUGAAAAACAUAAACUGGUAUCAGAAGUUCACAAAGAUCUCACUGGAUGUGAAAUAAAAAAAUACAAAAGGAGCGACACUAAUGAUAUCAUUAUAACAGAUUUUUCAUCUGUGAAAAAGCUUGCUCCAUCUUUUGAACUGCAGACCCCUGAAGUUGUUCUCAAAACUAUUCCAGCAAUUCUUAAUGAAUCGAUGCUGAAUGAAAUCGUAAACACAAAAACAUAUCUAUAUGAACUGAGUGAAACUAAGGCGCUGACAGACAAGAAUGGAAAAAAUAUGUCAUAUCGCAAUGCCAUUCUUAUUGACGAAACAAGCGAAAAACUGCCAAUCACGUUUUAUAAUGAACAAUGUGGGCAAGUGAAAAACAAGGAAACAUAUAUUUUAACAGAACUAAGGGUAUCAAAAUAUAUGAACAAUCGGUUCUUGAAAGCCACCCCAUUCACCAAACUAAGAACUGUGGAUCCAUUAGAAAUAAACGACGAAGCAGUAACAGUAACAGAUUGUACUUCACAUUUCACCAUAACUAGUGUAGAUUUAAAAAGUUUUUCAGAAAAAUUCCAGUGUCCUUCAUGCAAAUCCAAUGACCUUGAAGUUGAGAAGGACUAUACCAUAUGCAAUAAUUGUUGCACCAUGACAGAUGCCUCGCAGUGUCGAAAGCACUCCAACAUUGGUUUUACUGCAGAAGGCGAUACUGGCAAACUUGUCUUAGAUUGUUCACCUAGCUUGUUGGAGAAGUGUUUUGGCAUUCCGUGUUGCAAAAAGAUUCCACUAGCCAAAAAAAUAAUCAAGGCAAAUGUUAUAGUUAAGUUUGAUCAGCGGGAUAACUCGAUAAUUGAGAUAAGGCUAAAAGAGGAUAACUCCAUUAAGAUGUGCCUAAAAGAAAAAGAGCAAGACAAUGUGACAUCACAAAAUUUUAUUAGUGAAGAAGAAGAAAUGGUAUUACUCGACGGGAAAAACGAUGAGGAAGAUUGACUUACUUAUUCAACUGAACUAUCAUGUUUUUUGUUAUGUUAUGCUUGCUUAAAUGUUAUGCUUGCUUGAACUAAUUUAAAAAGUUAUAUUUUUUGUUUGUUUACAUUUUGUUCUGAUAUUUCUUAUUGACAUUUCAGUUUAUAAUUUUUUACUCAGCUUGCUGCAGUCCACAAAAAUUGCUCCAUAGAAAUUUAUCACGUUCUGUUUGUUGUUUGUUUUGUUUUACUGAACUCUUUUAUCAUUGUUUUAAAGUACGUGUUCAUAAUUUGAUAUGCUUACAUAUUUCCUACAAAAAUUAAUAUAAGACAAAUGAUACGAGAUAACAUGGGGAUCAUUUAUUUAAAUACAUAUUCGGACAUUAUUAUGUUAAUGUAUUGUUUUUAUGCUGGUUAGUCAGAUUUCCUUGGCAAGUAAUAAAACAAUGGUUAAGGACUUCUUUUUGGUACCGUGUAUUCGAAUCUGAAUGCUCUAACAACACUCUUUCCCAUUUCUUGGUAUUUUAUUAAACUCAUUCACUUACUACAUUUUUGCUCAAUUAUUUUCCUUGGUGAAACUCUUGCAGCGAAAAACCAUUUUGAAUAAUUUACAUUUAUCUCUUUAAUAAUAGCCGUAUUCUGUCUGUUCAAAAGGGUUACCGCGUCCCGUAACGGAAACACGAAAUGUGAUAUAUAAAGGACGGGCGACCCCGUGGAUUUUUCCACGGUCUAACGACUUCUAUAUUAUAAUGCCCGUAUACGUCUGUCCGUCCGUCUGUCUGUCUGUCACGCAAAAUGGUAGCUUAGCUGCGACGGGCGAACCCGUGGAUUUUUCCACGGGCUAACGACUAGUUUAAAAAAAAACAUAAGGCGAACUAAUUAUGCAGAAAACCUAUAACAGUUAAUAUUUUACAGAACGCAUUUUAUGAUUCGUUUCAACCUAGAGGUAACGCGGGAAUGUAUUAUAAUUGUUAAUGCAAGCCCCUAAUCUGGCAUAAGCAAAACUAGCACCCAGUUCUUAAAAUUCCCAGCAAUUUAUUCCCCUAGGUUUUUCGCUUUCUUGAUAUGCGUGCUGGCGCGGUUCGCCUAAAGUCACUGUUGUAGGAAUCCGCCGUGUUCGCAGGACUUUUCAAAAUUGGAACGUCGGUCAAGAAAGCUUUGCUAAUAUUGCAAACUGAAAAAGAAAAAAAAAAGCUAAGAACGACGAAGUAGCCUGGGUUACGUUUUGACCGUGGCAGAUAAGCGAAAUAACAGUUGUAUUUCAGAAUCUCCGUUCCACAGCUUCAUAGCUGGUCAGCUAUCUUGUUCUCCUUUAGUUUUCUCAUAUAGAUUCCCUAGAAACGUUCAGAAAAAGCUAAAUGUUACCUUCUCCAGAUUCUCCAAAUAGUACCAAUCUCCAGAUUGCAGUGCGUACGAUUUUACCGAUUCCGGUCAGUAAAAUUAUAACUUUUACCGCCAUUUCCUCACAACAAACUUCAUCUUCAGACGAAGGAUGCAUGUUGCGGAAGAACGAAUAAAAUCGAGAGAAAAAUAUUGUUUUUGUUCGCUAAAGAUAUUUUAAAAGAGCCAAGAAGCAUUAACGAAGACUAGAAAAAAUUACUACUGUGAUAUUAUGUAAAAGAAUUGUGAUUAAAUUCAGCAAACAAUCUUAAUAUAUAUGCAUUUUUGCUAGUAAGUACAUCUGAAGCAUGCUUCCUUUUGAACUAUCUAGCCAUGCCGAAGCUGCAAAAAAUUAUUUACAAAAAAUAUGAAUGUUUAGCUCUGAAAUACAGUUAUUUCUCUGUUGUACUGCUAAGUAUGUUAGAAGAUUUUUGGAUUUAGAGUCAAAGUUUUUUCCUUCCCUCUCUUAAAAUUUUUUUUCUGGCUGCCACAAAAUAGUUUUUUGUUCGCCUCUCCUUUAAAAAAUGACCCGAAUCCGUCGUCACCCCCUAAGGAACUGAUUUUACCCCUGAGCUAAAAAAAUAAAUUUGAAUUUAAGUGUCACCGCGACAGCCAAAACUAUACAGAAUAUAUGUGAAUUAUUCGACUAUGACGGGUACAGCGAUUGCAAAAAGAUCUUCAAAGGAUGGGCAUGGGUCAAUAGAUUUGUUUACAAUUUAAAACAAACUAAAAACAAGAAAGAACAGGUCACCGGUGCCACCCUUAAAGCAGCGGAGGAGAGCAUCUCCCUAGAAAUCCAAAACAAAUUGUACAAGACCACAAAUUCCACCAAUUUAAACGUUAAUUUAAUGGCAAAACUUCGGCAUAUUUCCCCAAAAAUCUUUUCUGGAAAUUAAGGCAAAAUCAAAGUUAGGAAACAUUGAACAUUGCGGUACUUUACAACUAGUUUACAAACUACUUUUUAAAUUCCUAUCUAACUUAUUUCAACCACGAAAAUUGCUUUUAAUGGUUUUUGCACUUGUGUUUGUGUUAAAACAGAUAUGCUAUGAAAAAUGCCUUAUCGGCGUCCCUGAAAAUGCCUAAAUUAAAAAACGUAAAAACUACAAUGAUACGUCAAUGUAUAUUAUGCUUUCUUUCAUCCACGGCCAUUUAAAUCGGAGGAAACCUAGAAAUAAAGUGUGCGCAUGCGCCAAUUUUUUUAAAAUCCCGUACGAUAAAAUUUGAUGUCUUGAUGACGUCAUAGCUAUUGACCUAACUGAUUUAAAUGCAAUUUACCAAUCUGUAGGAGGGCUAGCGAGAUAAAUAGUAUUUUUAACCUUGGUAAGAGUGACCACACCGUCCAAAAUGUCAAUCAUUUCAGCCGGAUUCGCGCCCAAACAAAACACAAAAAACUUGGAAGCUAGCUAGCCUUAUAGCAAAUAUUGCUUAUUUUUGUCAUAUAAAUUGCGCUAAUUCUACCCAAAAGAACGGUGUAAAAAUUAUCCUGAAAGUUAAAGGAACUAUUCAAUGAUCUAAUUCCAGUUGCAGUUAUCUGCUGUACUUUUUUUAUACGUGGUGAUACAAGAUUUUGCAACCACAACUUUUAGUUGAAAUUUCACUUUCGUUUUGUCACAAAGAUGGCUGACCCAGAGAGUCAACACAAUAUAUAUUUAACAAAACUGUGUCGAAUUUGUCAGGAGCAUACUGGUAAGGUCCUAAUAAAUGCCUUAUCCGUCACAAAAUUUUCUGAAAGAAUUUAAAAAGCCUUUAGAAUAGACCUAAAAGGGGACAUUCCAACAGUCAACCCUAGAAAAAUUUGUUUAAAAUGCUACUCUUUAAUGAAAAAUGUGGAAACCAAAAAUACAACACCCAUAUUAAAUGUGAAAUCAUGGUUUCCACAUAAUCCAAGUGACUGUGACACUUGCAAAUUGGGGUCUAUUAAAUCAAGAGGUGGAAAAAAAACCAAAUCUAAAAGUGUGGAAAGACCACCGGAAGAUGGUAGUAUGUGGACACGACACAUGACUGAGGUGUUAUACGAAAAGACUCCGGCAGAUAUCAUACCAAAGAGAUACAGCAGAGAGGAUUUCUCUUGUAAUAAGUCACUGCCAGAACUAAUAUGCUCUUUGUGCAAGGAUAUUCUUAGAAGACCUGUAGGGAUAAUGCCUUGUGAGCACAACUUCUGCUUAGAAUGUUUGGUACCCAAUAUUGAAGGUAGGAGAGAAACGGACUGGAAAUGCCCUCAAUACAAACUGCUUAUAAAAAGCAACCAAAUUAAUCCAUCAAAAAAGAUACAAAAUCUCACAAAAAUGUUAUCGACCAAAUGUAAAAGAUAUGGUCAUUUAUUUAAUUUGGACGAAGAAAAAGAAAAAAAACAGCAUGAGGCAUGGUGCAUCAGUCAAUCUCCAACAAUCAAUGAUGCAAAAUCUGAUGAAGCAGUUUUGCAAAUCAUCAGGAAAAAAAUGGCCGAAUCAAAACUUCCAAAUAAAAGCAUUGUAUUCAAAACAGCUGGUAGAGUAAGUACACAUUUUUUUUAAGAAACUGGUUUUGUAAGGCAGGCUCAAUGUUUCUUAAAAAAUCAACCAUUUGAGCCUGGAAUGUUUCUUAAAAACCCACAU